CCUUUCUGGUUUCAGGACUUCAGGGAUCAGGGACGGGGAGGAAAUCUCAAGAGGCCAGCCUUUCCUUGUCUUUGGGAAAGUCUUCCCAGAACAGAAGAAGCUGUGAGGAGCAGAAAGGAUGAAGUGUCUUUUCUCUCCGACCUUGAUGUGGAUGGCAGUGGUGGUGACCUCUUGGGUCAUCAUACCUGCAGCAACUGACACCUCAUCAGCAAAAAGCUGCUCUGAAUGUCACGCCAACGCCACGUGUACGGUGGACGGGGCUGCCAUGACCUGCGCCUGCCAGGAGGGCUUCUCUGGCGAUGGCCUCGAGUGUGCGGAUCUGGACGAAUGUGCCAUUCCGGGGGCACACCACUGCUCCACCACCAGCAGCUGCGUGAACACGCUGGGCUCCUACACGUGCGUCUGCCCCGAAGGUUUCCUCCUGAGCUCGGAGCUCGGCUGCGUGGACGUGGACGAGUGUGCAGAACCAGGGCUCAGCCACUGCCACGCCCUGGCCACCUGUGUCAAUGGCGAGGGCAACUACUCGUGCGUGUGUGCCGCGGGCUACUGGGGGGACGGGAGGCACUGUGAGUGUUCCCCGGGCUCCUGCGGGCCCGGGCUAGACUGCGUGCAGGAGGGCGACGCGCUCGUGUGUGCUGACCCGUGCCAGGCGCACCGCAUCCUGGACGAAUACUGGCGCAGCGCAGAGUACGGCCCCGGGUACGCCUGUGAUGUCAGUCUGGGCGGCUGGUACCGCUUCAUGGGCCAGGGCGGCGUGCGCCUGCCCGAGACCUGCGUGCCCGCCCUGCACUGCAACACGGCCGCGCCUAUGUGGCUCAACGGCACGCACCCAUCGAGCGACGAGGGCAUCGUGAGCCGCGUGGCCUGUGCGCACUGGAGCGGCGACUGCUGCCUGUGGGACGUGCCCGUCCAAGUGAAGGCCUGUGCCGGCGGCUACUACGUGUACAAUCUGACGGCGCCCCCUGAGUGCCAUCUGGCUUACUGCACAGACCCCAGUUCUGUGGAGGGGACGUGUGAGGAGUGCCGUGUGGACGAGGACUGCAAAUCGGAUAAUGGCGAAUGGCACUGCCAGUGCCAACAGGACUUCAACGUCACUGAUCUCUCCCUCCUGGAGCGCAGGCUGGAAUGUGGGGUUGAUGACAUUAAGUUGUCCCUGAGCAAGUGCCAGCUGAAGAGUCUGGGUUUUGAGAAGGUCUUCAUGUACCUGCACGACAGCCAGUGCUCAGGCUUCCCUGAGAGGGGUGACCGGGACUGGAUGUCUGUGGUGACCCCAGCCAGGGCUGGCCCCUGCGGGACAGUGAUGACGAGGAAUGAGACCCAUGCCACAUACAGCAACACUCUCUACCUGGCAGAUGAGAUCAUCAUCCGUGACCUCAACAUCAGAAUCAACUUUGCAUGCUCCUAUCCCCUGGACAUGAAAGUCAGCCUGAAGACCUCGCUGCAGCCAAUGGUCAGCGCCCUCAAUAUCAGCAUGGGCGGGACCGGCACGUUCACCGUGCGGAUGGCACUUUUCCAGAACCCUGCCUACACACAGCCCUACCAAGGCUCCUCUGUGACCCUGUCCACCGAGGCGUUUCUCUACGUCGGUACCAUGCUGGAUGGGGGUGACUUGUCCCGGUUUGUACUGCUCAUGACCAACUGCUUUGCCACGCCCAGCAGCAAUGCCACAGACCCCUUGAAAUACUUCAUCAUCCAGGACAGAUGUCCACGCACUGCGGACUCAACCAUCCAAGUGGAGGAGAAUGGGGAGUCCCCUCAGGGCCGGUUUUCUGUGCAGAUGUUCCGUUUUGCUGGAAACUACGAUCUGGUGUACCUGCAUUGUGAAGUGUAUCUCUGUGACGCCGUGAAUGAAAAGUGCCGACCUACCUGCCCUGAGACCAGAUUCCGCAGUGGGAGCAUCAUAGACCAAACCCGGGUCCUGAACUUGGGUCCCAUCACACGGAAGGGGGGCCAGGCUGCAGUGUCAAGGGCUGCUCCCAGUAGCUUGGGGCUCCUGCAGGUCUGGCUGCCUCUGCUUCUGUCGGCCACUUUGACCCUGACGUCUCUGUGAUCAGUGGCCAGAAAUCCAGUACUCUGUGGCUACCAACUCACUUUCUACUGACUGGCGAGGCGAUGCAUGCUAGCACUCCACCCGCUGAUAAAGGAGCCCACACUUCAGUCACUCUGCUCCUAUUUUUCUCCCCUUUAAUCUUUGCUACAGAAAAACAGCCUGUGUCUUUAAAUGAUUUCUCUCAAAAUGGGACUUGUGGUAUGUCUGUUCAUGAGGUCUCUAUCUCCUUGAAGGAUGUUGCAAAAUAAUAAUUAAAAAAAAGCUCAGUC